UUCGAGCGCAGUUCUCCGCCCCCGGCGCUCCCCCUCCGCUGUCCCCCGCAGCCCCCCCUGCAGCGCCCCCAGCAGUCAUCACGAACGCCGACGACGCCAUCGUCUUCCCGGCUGAGAGACGAAAACGCCAAUUACAGCUUCCGGCUCCCGAAGGCGAAGGUGACCUUGACCCCGCGAUGUGCUGCGACCCCGGUGACCUGGCCAUACCCGGGGGCCCAGAAGCUGAUCUCUCACCCGGGGGGGUACCCAGGGAGGAACCCGGGGACCUGUACAGCACACCUGGAGACGGAAUUCCACGAGGCGCCAGCCCCUCGGCAGGAGACAACCGCCCCUUGUCCGCCCUCACGUCCAUCGAGCAGUUCGCGACCCUCUUCGAGCUCUCCGGGUCUGGCGAAGGCAACGUGGUGGGUGUGCUGCAGCGGGAGGGCCUCACCACCUUCCUCGCCCUCCUGGAAACCUCGGGCCUCCUCGGAACCCUCGUCUCAGGAGAAAACGGCCCCUUCAUGGUCCUGGCUCCGUCUGAAUCUGCCUUCUCCCGUCUGUCCCGCGACAGCCUCCGCCAGCUGGCUCGCGGGGACGACAUGUCCUUUCACCUCGUGCCCCUGCGAGGUCAGCUCCCCCCCCAGGUCACAGACGACGCCGUCUUCCUCACCCUGGACGGCUCGAAGGUCAGGUUCAACGUGUACGAUGGGGUAGUCUACGUCAACGGGGUGGCCGUCCUUAAGGAAAACAUCGAAUUCCCACACGGGUCCAUUUACAUCCUGGAGUCGGUGCUCCAGCCUCCUUUGGGCGACCUUCAAGGCGUCCUUGUCGGCAGCGGGACGUCUGUGUCGCGUGUCAACACCCUCCUCACCGUUACCAGACUCCUGGACACUGGCACCUACACCCUCCUGGCUCCCCCGGACUCGGCCAUCACCUCGAAGGGCUACACGUGGCCGCGGCUCCUCAUGGACAGGGCGAAGGGGCGGGACCUGAUGCGCCGACACACGAUCCUGGGGGCGCUGUACACCGAGGGCCUCCUGCAGCGCCGCACCAUCAGGACACUGGCAGGAACCAGCGUCACCUUCAGGAGGGACAUAGACGGCACAAUAUCUGCAAAUGGAGUCCCCUUGCUGAAGUCCAACAUGACGGCCUUGAACGGCGUGGUGCACCUGUCGGCUGACGUCAUCCCGGAGUCUGACCUCGGGUCCGACCCGACCAGCCUCCCGCACCCGCUGCUCGGCCAGACCGAAGCCUCCGUCUUUGCCAACCUGGGCUUCGGGGGCGACCUGGUCCCCAGCAUCCCCUCGAUCUCGGGGCUCUACGACCUCCCUGAUCACGACCCCUUCCAGGACUUCGUCCGAGAGCCCGAGACGAGCACCGUGGCGCCCCUCCCGGGGUCCCAGCGCCGCCCCGAGAUAUACGGCGGACCGCCGGACCUCUUCCCGACAACCAACAACAUCCAGGCCGGAACGAGUCCCCAGUGGCCACUCAACAGAGCCUCGAGUCCUGCGCUUUCAAGCUUCCUCGAUAUGCUGGACAGGACUUUCGAUGUCGACGGCGGCCUAACGCCGGCGGGUGUCACCAGAUCCUCCACCCUCGGCAGCACAGAAGCGUCAGACGGGAACAGCGAUUUCCUUCUCAUCGUCGACACCACACCCAGCCAGGAGAAACCGCUGGGAAGUGUUCCCCCGGCGUCUGGAGGGGCCUUCGUGGUCGGCUUUCCAGGAAGGGCAAAGGAGUCCUCCAGACCAGGGCCAGGCAUCGUCCCUGUGGUUCCUGAGGGCGUUGCAGGGUGCCCUCCUGACGAAGUAGCGGCGGCAGGCGAGAGGUCUCAGCUGACGGUUCUGACACUUCUGGAAAGACUCAACCUCACCAGGUUCUUAGACCUUGUGAAGCACGCGGGGUUGGCACUCACUCUCAGUCUCGAAGGGCCUUGGACGAUCUUCGCCCCGACCAACGAGGCGAUCGAAGCCAUCCCGUCGGAGGCGCUGCAAGAGAUGUCUGACAACCCAGCCUUCCUACGGCGCCUGAUUUCUUACCACCUCGUCCCGGGGAGGUUUACUAGCAGCGGCUCCUUCUCCCCCGGCAGACAGCUCCCUACACUCCACGCCGGAUACACUCUGGUCCUCUCUUAUUACACCGACGGACCUGUGGCGCGCUGGGUGGCAGGAGGCAGCGUCGUCACGGACCUCGACGAGCGGGGGAGCAACGGGGUCGUCCACGUCAUCGACCGGGUCCUUUACGCCCCUUACGGCAACGUCUUCUCCACCAGCAGGCUGUCUCCGGUUCUUAGCAUCUUCACCAGCCUCGUUGCCGAUGAUGAGGUCCUCAGCUUGCUCUUCGCGGAGUCGGGUCCCCUCACGGUUUUCAUUCCGUCUGACGCCGCCCUUCGAAACUUCUCCUUCCCAGACGACAUUCAAGCAAGACGAGGCUGGGUGCUAUCGCACGUGGUGACGGGCACGUGGUACACAGCGGGCUUUUCCAACACGUGGCCUCUCGUUACCGUUAACAACGACACUUUAGAAACCUCGACUGCAUCCGGCGAUAGAGAACUGAUUACGGUGAAUGGCGUUGAAAUAACGUAUGCCGAUAUUACCGCAUCUAAUGGAGUUAUACAUGUAAUUGAUUCCAUUCUCUUUCCACCAACUUAGUUUUAAAGAAAACGAGACUCAUUUAAAUUAGUUUAUUCAACAGGAGAAACUGCUGUAGUUUGUUGUAGCUUGGACUCGUGACUAUUAUGAUCUCUACUCUCACGCUUUAUUUGUGUGUAUGUGUAGGCUAGUGAGAAUUUAGCCGUGCCAAAGUUAAUGACUGUUUUAGUUUUAAGGUUUUCGCAAUUAGGUAGGCUAUGCAUAGUUGAGGAAAUUUACCUAAUUUUUGCAAAUCAAAAAUUCCCAUCCUUACUUAUCAACUUGAUUAUUUUUUUUGUCUAGUAAACUUCAGAAAAUUUAAAUCUUUCUCUUUGUUUUCCGCCGACUUUCGCUCUAAAGUAUCCCUAUCAAAUGGAAUACAAAUAACCCAAAGAAAUGUGUAAACUUCAUGUACAAUGCUUAACACAGGAGGCUACACCAGGCCUGUCGCCAGAUCCACAACCCCAUUACCUUGAGAGCAAAUUUCUCUUUAAUUAUUUUGAUUCACAACCCAUUGCAUUAAGAAUAGAUUUCUCUUUAAUUAUUUUGAUGUAUUUUGUUUUAUAAGAUACGAAACUAUAUGUGAAACUAACAGUUGCAUGUAUGUUGCACAGGGCAUAGCACGGAUUGUAAAUAAUGGAAGUCUUUUCUUUAAACUUUCAAUUUCUGUAUCUUGGGAAUGGUGACAGGUCUGGGCUUAUGAUACAUAUGUUGAAAUGCUAUGUUACCAAUUCUUCUCAGUUAACACAAAGGAAUAUUCCUCAUGCCAAAAAUGACUCAUAGAAUUUUACUCAUGCAU